AUGGGCUGCGGCGGGAGCCGGGCGGAUGCCAUCGAGCCCCGCUACUACGAGAGCUGGACCCGGGAGACCGAGUCCACCUGGCUCACCUACACCGACUCCGACGCGCAGCCCAGCGCCGUCGCCCCGGACAGCGGCCCCGAGGCGGGCGGCCUGCACGCGGGUGUGCUGGAAGACGGCAUCUCCUCCAAUGGUGUUCCUCGAUCUUCAGUUCCCAGUGGAAUAUCCAACCCAGACAAGAAGAUGAGCUGUGGGACCCAGUGCUCCAACCCCCAGAGCCUCAGCUCCGGCCCUCUCACCCAGAAACAGAAUGGCCUUCGGACCACUGAGGCUAAAAGAGACGCUAAACGGAUGUCCACCAAAGAAGUCACCAUCAGUGUUACAGACGGCAUCCGGCAAAUGGACAGAGGUUGAAGAAUCACCAAGAACUGUGUCAACUAG